AUGGGAAAGCCGAGUGAUUCUGGAAGCCCGAGAAGUCUGCUUUCGGAAGCAAACCCUCCCGUCCGCAUUCUAGUCCAAACUCUGACCCAUCUGGUCCCAGGAGAAAAUAGUGACAGUAAAACUCGAGGGUUCCUGAAUAUUAUAUGCCAGAAGCACUGGAGAUGUAAUUUCGAGUUCCCUAAAUUCCGCUGGGCAACUUAUGGUUGUGACUUUGCCUCUGAUAACCGACGUUGCUUCUUCCUAGUCGACUAUGGCCGAUCGCAAAAUGACGCCGCCGUACCUAUACUACCCUAUGAGUGGACAGGAAAGUCCUUUGAAUCUCGUAUCCAACUGCUCCAAGUUCCAGAAAUUCAAGCCAAGCUCAAAUAUGGCAUCCCGUUCACCGAGUCACCGAAGCCUACCAAGAAGGAGAAGCCUGAUAAGCGACCAAUUCGAGCUGUCGUGAAAUCGCGCUUGUCAUAUCUAGAAGAAGUCCCGACUCUAGAACUGGAUUACAUGAGAAGCCACCCAGAAGAUUUGGCGUGGCUUGAGGCUCAUGUCAGACCAAGGUUAUGGAAAGAGUUCGUGGUACAGCUAAACAAGAAGAAACCUACAAAUGCCCCUGAAAUAGAAGAAUAA